CCCCCCCAGCCCGCCAUGGCUACCAAGAAAGGGGGCUCGCGGCUGGAGACCGAGAUCGAGCGGGGCCGCUCCGAGUGCCAAUGGGAGAGGAUCCCCGAGCUCGUCAAGCAGCUCUCGGCCAAGCUCAUCGCUAACGAUGACAUGGCAGAACUCCUCCUUGGAGAGUCCAAGCUAGAACUUUUUCUGAAGGAAAAUCCUCUUAAGCAGGGUGCUAGUCCCUGUGGGCCCCGGCCAAAGUUAAUUGAAGUCAGGAAGCAUCUCACUGCAGCACUUGACCGAGGAAACCUAAAGCCAGAGUUCUUACAAGAAGCCAACUUAGUCAUGGCCAAAUUAAACUAUGUGGAAGGCGAUUACAAAGAAGCCGCGAACACCUACGCAAGAGUGGGCAUCGACGACUUACAGCUCGUUGCUGUCCCUCCUUAUCGGCUGAGGAUGAUUGCUGAAGCAUAUUCUACCAAAGGUCUUUGUCUAGAGAAGUUGCCAAUUUCCUCCUCAACUAGUAACCUCCAUGCAGAUCGAGAACAAGAAAUCAUUAUGUGUUAUGAGAAGGCAGGGGAUAUAGCUCUUUUGUACCUUCAGGAGAUAGAAAGGGUAAUAAUGGCUAACAUACAGAACAGAAGUCCUAAGCCAGGACCUGUGGCACAUGAGCAAGAGCUGGGAUAUUUUUUAGAAACGGGACUUCAGAGGGCCCAUGUCUUAUACUUCAAAAACGGGAUAAACGUGCAUGAAGACCAACAGAAUUUGACAAGAGGAGUCGGUAGAUUUAGAGAGAUUCUAAGGGCUGUUGAAACAAGAACUACACAAAAUCUACGAAUGACAAUAGCAAGGCAAUUAGCUGAAAUCUUGUUAAGAGGCAUGUGUGAACAGAGUUAUUGGAACCCCUUGGAUGACCCUCCUCAUCAGUCGCCCCUGGAUGACCCCCUCUGGAAAGGUGCAAACACUAAACAUUAUGCACUUAGCAGAAGACCACGAGUAUACUCUGGAGAAAACAUUUUCUGUCCUCAAGAGAAUACUGAAGAAGCUCUUUUGCUGCUGCUGAUCAGUGAAUCUAUGGCUAAUCGCGAUGCUGUAUUGAGCAGAAUACCAGAACACAGAAACGAUCGCAUUAUCAGUUUGCAGAGUGCAUCCGUAGUCUACGAUUUGCUUACCAUUGCCCUGGGAAGAAGAGGUCAAUAUGAAAUGCUAUCGGAGUGCUUAGAAAGAGCUAUGAAGUUUGCCUUUGAAGAAUUCCAUCUUUGGUAUCAGUUUGCACUGUCCCUAAUGGCAGCAGGAAAAUCUGCUCGAGCUGUGAAAGUCUUGAAAGAGUGUAUACGUUUGAAACCAGAUGAUGCCACGAUCCCGCUCCUAGCUGCCAAAUUAUGCAUGGGAUCCCUUCAUUGGUUAGAAGAAGCAGAAAGGUUUGCCAGAAUGGUGGUCGAUGUGGGGGACAAAACAUCAGAGUUCAAAGCCAAAGGUUACUUAGCUCUGGGAUUGACUUACAGCCUACAAGCUACAGAUGCUUCCUUGCGAGGGAUGCAAGAGGUCCUACAGAGGAAGGCGCUUCUUGCAUUUCAAAGAGCUCACACUUUGUCUCCAACUGAUCACCUGGCAGCUUUCUAUCUGGCUUUGCAGUUUGCUAUAUCCCGGCAGAUCCCAGAGGCCUUGGGUUAUGUCCGCCAGGCUCUGCAGCUGCAAGGAGACGACGCAAACUCUUUGCAUCUGCUUGCCCUCUUGCUUUCGGCGCAGAAGCACUACCACGACGCUUUGAAUAUCAUUGACAUGGCCCUGAGCGAAUACCCGGAAAACUUUAUAUUGCUGUUUUCAAAAGUAAAAUUGGAGUCCCUCUGCAGGGGCCCUGAUGAGGCCCUCCUUACUUGUAAGCACAUGCUGCAGAUCUGGAAGUCCUGCUACAAUCUCACUAACCCCAGUGAUUCCGGACGGGGCAGCAGCUUGUUAGACAGAGCCAUUGCUGACAGGCGACAGCUUAGUACGAUUACUUUGCCAGACUUCAGUGACCCUGAAACAGCUUCUGAUUCCUCCACAUCUUCACCUCUCUCAAGAACAGAAUCUCCUCUCCACCUGUUUAUGUCUCCUCAGUCUCCUCACCCUCAUCCCAAAACUGAUACCUUUGUCUGGCCCUAUGCAACCAAUCCAUAUUGUGACCACGUUCCUGGGCCCUGCGAACCUCCACUCUGCAAUCCUCCAGACGCUUACUUUCAUGGUUUUUUCUCCCUUUUUUCAGUUUGUUCGAUUCACGCCACUUCAAUCGCAGCCUCCAGAGUGGAACAGGCCCUGUCUGAGGUGGCCUCUUCCUUGCAGAGUAGCACUCCCAAGCAGGGCCCCUUGCAUCCUUGGAUGACUCUAGCUCAGAUCUGGCUUCAUGCAGCUGAAGUAUACAUAGGAAUCGGGAAGCCUGCAGAAGCUACAGCGUGUACUCAGGAAGCUGCUAACCUCUUUCCGAUGUCUCACAACGUUCUCUACAUGAGAGGUCAAGUGGCAGAACUCCGGGGGAACAUCGAUGAAGCCAAACGUUGGUACGAAGAGGCCUUAUCCAUCAGUCCAACACAUGUCAAAAGUAUGCAGAGACUGGCUCUAAUUCUUCACCAGCUUGGAAGGUACAGCUUGGCCGAGAAGAUCCUGAGAGAUGCCGUCCAGGUCAAUUCAACAGCCCAUGAGGUUUGGAACGGCCUCGGGGUGGUUCUGCAGGCUCAGGGCAACGAUGACGCAGCCACCGAGUGUUUCCUGGCGGCGCUGGAGCUUGAAGCCAGCAGCCCAGUCAUCCCUUUUACCAUCAUCCCCCGAGUCCUCUGAAAGGCUCGC